GAAUGCGCGCCAUGUUGUCUAGGACUACAGCACCUGAAAUCGGGAUAUCGGUAACGUGACGCCUCUAUCUAUUUACCAUGCUCCACCACUAUGACGACGAUAGGGGGUGAGAACGCCAGGGGACAUUAGUACGACGUAGGUGCACCUGCUGAAAGUAAGUGCCAGUAUCAACAGGACUCCGGACAAAAGUCCUCGUCAAUUAGUCAUAGCUCUACCAUUAAAUUCGCUGCUACUGGUUAUUGGGACUUGAACUGAAUUUCCCCAAGAAAGCACUUUGUGCUGACAUCUACCAUCACCAUCAAACUCAGCAUUGCAGUGGGAGCUAACAGAGAUAAAGGAAGAAGGGGAUUGCCACUCUCUGUCUUUCGCCAAUAUCCUACUGAUAUAUUUGAACCACAUCACAAGUAGGGUACGGGAAGAUGCCCGUUCAGAUACCAGACGAUACAGACUUUACCUCUUUCAAGGAACAAUGUGAAAACCACGAAGGAUGGACAGCGCGCUACAACAAGGGAAGCGUGACGGUGUGGUGCAGGGAUGAAGAGUGUAAAACUAUCCAGAAACUAAAGAUGAGGAUAGUGUGUAAGGACGUGACUGCCGAGACCCUUUACGACGUCCUUCAUGACACCAGCUACCGGAAGAAAUGGGACAGCAACAUGAUCGACACCCACGACAUCGGCAGGCUCACUGUCAACGCAGACGUAGGAUAUUACUCCUGGAAGUGCCCGAGCCCCCUGAAGAACAGGGACUUUGUUACCAUGAGAUCGUGGCUUCCUCUGGGCAACGACUACCUGAUCAUCAACUACUCUGUCAAACACCCGCAAUAUCCGCCCAAAAAGGACUAUGUGAGAGCGGUGUCUCUGCUGACAGGAUACCUGAUUCAGUCCAACGGAGAAAACUCCUCCACUCUCUAUUACCUGACGCAGGUCGAUCCCAAAGGUUCCCUUCCCAAGUGGGUGGUGAAUAGAGCUUCUCAGUUCGUAGCACCAAAGGCCAUGAAGAAGAUCUACAAGGCCUGUCAGAAGUAUCCAGAGUGGAAGAGGAAGCACAACCCUAACCUGAAGCCCUGGAUUUAUCCCGAGCAGAACACCUUACCGUGUAUUAACGUGUCUGACCUUGUACUACAGAGAGCCGAUUCACUGGAGAACAUUGAUGAGAGCCGCCUGACGGAGGAGAAACAAGCACAACAUCACAGCGAUGACGAAGAGACCUAGGCUAACUCUGAGUGAAGACACUGUUUGUAUAUAAUUGUGUGGCUGUGUUUUCAAAAUGGCACCCUAUUCCCUAUAAAAUAAUGGUAAAUAAAAAAAAAUAGAAGUGUAUUACAUUUGUGCAGGGCCCAUAAGACUCUGGUCAAAAGUAGUGAACUAUAUAGGAAAUAGGGUGCAAUUUGGGACACACCCUCUGUGUUGGGUUUGGUGUGUGUGUGUGUGUUUCCGUGUGAGUGUGUGUGUGUGUGUGUGUGUACAGUACAAAUAUGUAAAUGUACAUGUAUGAUUUACUAUAAUUUGGAUCUGCAACUUUUGUCUUGUUGCAUUUAGUUGGUAAUUGAUCUAUAACUUAUUGAAUCAGAGAGGUUUAACAGGGUAUUUUCAUAUAGGAACAAAAUAGACAAUGUAUACACGGUGCUAUCCUUCAAUUAAAUGGUAUAAUAUCGAAUUUAUGAUAAUACUGUAAAAAUGUGUCUAUUUCAAAACAAAUUUCAAGACAAUAUUUAAAUAUUUCAAGACCCUAACAUGUUUUUUUAACGUUUUUUUCAUAUUCAUGUUUGAUUCGACUUCAGCUUUCAUUUGAAGUGUUAUACAAUAGCCAUUGCCAAUAGAGAAAAUAGCCUAUCAUGCAGCCUACUUACUACAGUAUAUUUCAUGGUAUCUAGUGCCGCCCAGUGGCAGUAAUAGGUCAUAACAUUUCCUCAUCGCCCAGUGUUUGGAAGCCGUGAGCGUUUAGAACAGUGUUUCACGAACUCGGUGCACGUUUUGGUUUUUGCCCCUAGCACUACACAGCUGAUUCGAAUAAUCAACUAAUCAUCAAGCAUUGAUCAUUUGAUUCACCUGUGUAGUGCAAGGGCAAAAACAAAAACGUGCACCGAGUUUCGGGGAAAACGAUGGUUUAGAACAAUGGAAUGUUGUCAGUUUGUUAGGAAGUGAAUUAGCAUAAUGCACCAAGACAAGUGUGCUUUUGUACAGUGAAUGGCCCACUGAGACUCCUAAUGACAGUCACAGGGGAGGAGAGAUGGCAGCAUAACAACGCCUGAGGGAAUUUUAAAAAACCUGUCUGACCCUUAAAAGGAAUGAUUAUAAUCUGUUAUAGCUUGUUAUAACCGUUGGGGUCAUAAAACUGUUAAAAGGUCAUUACCUCAGUUAUACGUUGGUCGUCUGAAUUUCAAACAUUUUGUCUUUCUGCAUAAAGUUAUCAUUAGUGAUGCAGUUUUACUUCAAUUCUAAUGGUCUUUUGGUAGGAUUUUCAGACAUGUUUCCAAAAUGGAGAGACAUCAUGUUCAUAGCAACGCACAUGUUAAAUAAAGAGAAGUUGACUCCUGAUUUUAAGACCUUCA